ACCUUCUGGAGUUACGACAAUGAAGACAGCAGGCUGGAGUUAUCCUGAAGGACAAUUGACGACUUUCUAACGGACAAUAAAUCAGAAUCAGCGGUGAACAUCAUCAUCAGUAUCAGCGAUGGGAGAUCAAGAGACUCAAGAGAACCCGAGCCCCGCUGUCACAUCAGCAGCUGUACGGCCCAAGAGAGUGUCCCACCGUGGACGCAGCGCCGGACCCAAAGCCAGCUCUAAUAAAGAAGAGGGCAAGAUGGAAGAAUUUGAGCCCUUCAUGCUUCUUCCCAGAGGACCACCGCCACUCAAGGACUUUCUCGAUAUCUGGGAUGUUGAUGUGCUGAAAAGUCCUCAGGAGGAGAAUAAACGUGGACAUCACACACACUUAUAUUCCAGUGAUUUCCUUAUCGUACGUCGGGCUCAGGAGUUCCAGAUCAAGAUCACAUUUGAUCGACCCUACAAACCGAAGGAAGACAAGUUUGCUGUUGAGUUCAUUAUGGGGUCCAGUCCUCAGUACAGCAAGGGCACCUAUAUUCCCGUCUUCCCCAAUGAGGAACGUAAGAGCACUUGGCGAGGUCGGAUCAUGGAGACCAAUGACAACGUUGUCACCAUGGGCAUCAUUCCUUCACCAGAGUGCAUUGUGGGAAAAUACAUGAUAUUCAUUGGCGUGGUGACCCCCUAUGGGAUCCGCAGGACCAGGAGGGACCCCAGCAAAGACGUCUACAUCCUCUUCAACCCAUGGUCACAAGCUGAUGCUGUGUUUUUGGAUGAUGAGGAGGAACGGGAGGAGUGUGUUAUGAAUGAGCUGGGAAUCAUCUAUCAUGGAGCGUAUGAUGAUGUGUCUGAACGGGCUUGGAACUUUGGUCAGUUUGAAUAUGGUGUACUGGAUGCCUGUUUGUUCAUUCUGGAUAAAGCAGAAAUGCCGCUGUCCAAUCGUGGUGAUGUUGUCAAAGUUGCCCGCGUAGCUUCUGCCAUGAUAAACUCUCGCGAUGAUUAUGGCGUGUUGGUGGGAAACUGGAGUGGGGAUUAUAUGGACGGCGUUCCUCCAACAUCAUGGACAGGUAGUGUUGAGAUUCUCCUGGAUUACAUCCACAGCAAAGGCACGCCGGUGUGUUAUGCUCAGUGCUGGGUCUAUGCUGCCGUCUUCAACACAUUCUUGCGUUGUCUCGGGAUCCCCGGCAGGGUCGUGACAAACUUCUUCUCAGCUCACGACAACGACGGCAACUUGAAGAUGGACAUCAUUCUGGAUGAAAAUGGAAAAGUGGACAGAGAUCGCACCAAGGAUUCCAUCUGGAAUUAUCAUUGCUGGAAUGAGUGUUACAUGGUCAGACCUGAUCUACCUGCUGGAUUCGGAGGCUGGCAGGUCGUUGACGCAACUCCACAGGAGACGAGUGAUGGUAUGUACAGGUGUGGACCUGCGUCUGUCGCUGCUAUCAAACAUGGACAGAUCUGCUUCCCUUUUGAUGCACCUUUCGUGUUUGCUGAGGUGAACAGUGAUGUGGUCUUCUAUCGUAGACAGAAGGACGGCACUCUAGAGCCGGUAAGGGUGAAUCAAACCCAUGUGGGUCGCAUGGUGCUGACUAAAGCCGUGCUACACGACGGACGUCGAGAUAUCACCAGUGAUUACAAAUUCCCUGAAGGAAGCCCGGAGGAGCGUCAGGUGCUGGAGAAGGCCGAAGCGUUCGGCUGUCAGAGGGAGAAAGCCUCUAUUCCUGAGUGUGACGUGGAUGUGGAGAUCCCCCUUGUGGAAGUUCGGGUUGGGGAUAAAUUUGACCUGAUAUUGCUGUUCAACAAUCGCAGCGAUCAGCAGCGCACUGCAGAUGUGUACAUCAGCGGGACUGUGGUGUAUUACACAGGAGUCCCGAGCAGCGAGAUCGUGUAUAAAACUCUCAAAGUCAAACUAGAGCCACAACAAAGCAAAGAAGAAAAAGUGUCCGUGCGUGGUGAGGACUACAUGCACAAACUGGUGGAACAGGGAAACAUCAACAUCAUCACUACCGGGAAGGUGAAACAGACCGGACAGAUCAUCACCGCCAUGAAGUUAAUCCACACGCACAAACCCAAACUCAUCGUGAAGGUGACAGGUUCUCCUCGAGUGAGUGAGGAGAUGUAUGUGACUCUUGAGUUCAGCAACCCAUUUCAGUUCAAUCUGGAGAAUGUUGAUGUACGUAUGGAAGGUUCCGGAAUCCUGCCAUUCAAACACAAGCACUACAGUCUGAUCGCUCCAGGCACAUCUAUAACGUGGACUGAGGCGUUCAGUCCCCGACGGGCGGGCUCGACUAAACUGAUGGCCAGUCUGGACUGUGCUGCACUCAGAUAUGUGUAUGGAGAAGCGGAGCUCACCAUUCAACACUGAAUAAUACACAUCAACCUAAAGGGAAUCAGGAAAAGAAUGUUUCAAUAUACAAAACGAUCUUUGUCGUAUUAUACCAAAAAAGAUGCUAGACUUGGCAUAUAUAUACUCAUAUAAAGCAGGUUACCUUUGCACUAUUAUUAUGACAGCUUGACAUUUGUAUCUGCAUGGUAUAAUCUUCACUUAAUAAACUUAAUUUAGCCAUGAUUAUUACUGUUAA